GGCGAGCGGCCUACCUACCUGUGCGCAGUGCAAGCGAACGAGGAGAGAGAGAGAGUCCCUCCCUCCCCGUCUUCUUCUCUUCUCCCUCUGCUCCUCUAUUUAGCCCUCGCCGCUUCCUCCUCUCCUCGAUCACAAUCUCACACGAGUGGGAGCGCGCGAACGGAGGCACACACACAACCCUGAGAGCCCCAGAGAGAGAGAGAGAGGAAGUGAGGAUGGCGCGCGUCUCCAACUCCAAGAAGCGCAUGCUCCACAACAAGAAGAAGGAGGACGCCGGGAGCGGCGGCGACGACGACCGCCGCCCCGUCCGCGUCUACGCCGACGGCAUCUUCGACCUCUUCCACUUCGGCCACGCCCGCGCCCUCGAGCAGGCCAAGAAGCUGUUCCCCAACACGUACCUCCUGGUGGGAUGCUGCAACGACGACCUCACGCGCCGCUACAAGGGCAAGACCGUCAUGAACCAGGAGGAGCGAUACGAGUCCCUGCGCCACUGCAAGUGGGUCGAUGAGGUCAUUCCUGAUGCACCGUGGGUUCUCACACCAGAAUUCAUUGACAAGCAUCAAAUCGACUAUGUCGCUCACGAUGCACUGCCUUAUGCUGAUACCAGUGGUGCAGCAAAUGAUGUUUAUGAAUUUGUUAAAAAGAUUGGGAAGUUCAAGGAAACAAAAAGAACUGAUGGUGUAUCCACAUCGGACCUCAUAAUGAGGAUAGUGAAGGACUACAACGAGUAUGUCAUGAGGAAUUUGGCACGCGGAUACUCAAGGAAAGACUUAGGUGUCAGCUAUGUUAAGGAGAAACAGCUGCAAGUGAAUAUGAAGAUAAAUAAACUGCGUGAGACUGUGAAGGCACAACAAGAAAAGUUGCAAACAGCAGCGAAGACGGCUGGGAUAAACCACGAAGAGUGGCUGGCGAAUGCAGAUCGCUGGGUGGCUGGCUUCCUGGAGAAGUUCGAGGAGCACUGCCACACCAUGGAAACCGCGAUCAAGGACCGGAUACAGGAGAGGCUGGGGAGACAGGCCAGCAAAGGCAUUGCUGCUGCACGUAUUAUGCGGCAGCAGGUGGCGGCGGCCUAAGGAACCUUGAGAGGAUGCGAGAUAGAGUGAGAAGUUGCAGAGUGUCAUGUAAUGUGAUGCUUGUACGAGUAAAGCACUUGUGUUAGCUGAGCUACCUUUUGUAAUUUUAUUUUUGUUGGUGGAUGCGUGCGUGUGUGUGUGCGCGCGCGCGCGCGUGUGUUUACAAGUAAGGCUUUGUACGCAAAUGUUCAUAGCAGAGCUGCAGAGGCGUUUGGUGUUGAGGGUGGGUUUACUGCCCAAGUCUUGUUUUUGCUGUUAACCUGUGUAGUCUGGAGUACCUUUUGUACUGAGAUGGGUAUUUUAUUUAUUCUUUUGUGUGGUUAUUACUCUAUCAGAAAAUGUUUCGGAAUUGAAACCGA